UGUGUUUCUGCGGAGCGGGCGCGCGGACAGAGCUAGAGACUCUUCAAUGAUUUGAGGCAGGCAGUCAUGAGGAAAGUAUGACUGCGAACAUGGAGUAUUAUGAAAGGACACGGGAAGGCAGCGCUUUCUUCUUCUACGUUUAAAUUCAGCGACACCGAGUGUGAGUGACAGAAAUACCCGUUGGCUCGCGGCUACGGGAUAAUUUGCACAACAAUGGCAACUCCCUACCAGUGAGGAACUUUGCUGCCCUGCCCCACUUCCUCCCUCCGUCCCUGACACCUUGACACAACUAUUUCCCGUCUCCUACUUCCUCUUCCUUCUCCCCUUCCUCCUGAAUUCCUCCUGUGCUACUCCUUAAAUCCCUUCUUGGUUUCAAACAUGGACUCCUCUGGACAAGUAACCACCUCAGCUCCUGAUGGACAUAUCGAGCCCAGGAGCAGCCCCGGUCGCUCGGAUCUCAGCGGACUCUACUCUCUGGGUCGCACGUUGGGCAGGGGCCACUUUGCUGUGGUCAAACUGGCUCGUCAUGUCAACACGAGGCAACUGGUUGCUGUCAAGAUGAUUGACAAGACAAAACUUGACGUUAUGGCAACAAGCCACCUCUUACAGGAAGUGAGGUGCAUGAGACUAGUGCAGCAUCCCAACGUGGUUCGCCUCUACGAUGUCAUCGACACGCCCAGCACCCUCUUCCUCAUCAUGGAGCUAGCUGAGGGGGGCGACCUCUACGACUACAUCCUCCGCCACGAGGGAGGCGUAGCUGAAGGCAAUGCCAAGCGCCAUUUUGCCCAGAUUGUGCGUGCUGUGGCGUACUGCCACCAGCUGCACGUGGUGCAUCGGGAUCUGAAGCCAGAGAACGUGGUGUUCUUUCCCCAGCAGGGGGCGGUGAAGCUAACGGAUUUUGGGUUCAGCAACUUAUUCCAACCAGGGACAAUGUUGGCCACUAGCUGUGGGUCGCUAGCGUAUUCUGCUCCAGAGAUUCUGCUGGGGGAAGAGUAUGAUGCUCCAGCAGUUGGUGAGUAA